AUGGAGCUCCCAUCCGCGAGGCCGUACUCGUACAAAUUCAAUCCGGAAUCGACCGCAUUGAUCAUCAUCGACAUGCAACGAGACUUUGUCGACCUCAAUGGCUUCGGCAUGAUCCAAUGCGGCAACGACGAGCUCUUCAAAAAGGUCCGAGACAUCGUCCCCAAGACACAAAGAGCUCUUGCAGCCGCUCGAAAACUCGGUCUCCAUCUCGUUCACACCCGAGAAGGCCACCGACCGGACUUGUCAGACUUGCCGCCAUCCAAGAGGCUACGACAAAUCUCUUCUCCUUCUGGCAAACACACCAUGACAAUAGGGGAUCAAGGCCCGAUGGGACGACUGCUGGUUCGCGGAGAAUAUGGUCACGACAUCAUCGACGAGCUCAAACCUUACCCUGGCGAAGUGGUCAUCGACAAGCCUGGAAAGGGUUCUUUCUGGGACACCACUCUCCAUCGUGCGCUGCUCGCUCGUGGCAUCACACAUCUGCUCUUCGCGGGCGUGACCACAGAGUGUUGUGUCAACACCACCGUGCGAGAAGCAGCAGACCGAGGUUUCGAGACAUGUGUGCUUGCGGAUUGUACCGAUGGUUUCGACGCUUCUUUCUACAGCAGCACAUUGGACAUGCUGUGCUCGUACGAUGGUCUGUUCGGUUUCGUGGGCUCCUCCGAAGAGCUGCUCAAACUUGUACCUGUGCAAAGUGAAGAAGUGGAGAAGGACUCUGCGAGCUUUGACGGAGACAUUUCCCUUGAAGGACUUCGAAAGCAAUACAGCAGUGGCCAAGCACGACCAACCGAUGUCAUCAAGGAGAUCAUCUCCCGCAUUGAAGAAUACAAAAUCAAAGACCCAGCAGUCUGGAUAUCUCUCCGUUCUCCUGAGCAACUUCUAGAGAGCGCGCGGGCUGUGGAAGAAAAAUUCGCAGGCAGACCUUUGCCAGAAUUGUACGGCGUGCCGUUUGGUGUCAAAGAUACCAUUGACGUGGCUGGUAUCCCUACCACUGCGGCAUGUGAGGCAUACGCAUACAUCCCCGAACAGCACGCCACAGUUGUGAAGGCACUACUCGACGCAGGAGGCAUCUUCGUGGGCAAGACUAAUCUCGACCAGCUUGCCACCGGUCUAUCCGGAUGUCGGUCGCCCUAUGGCACGCCACGAAGUGUAUAUGGCAAGGACAGGAUUUCCGGCGGCUCUUCCUCUGGAUCCGCGGUUGCUGUUGCCGCAGGACUGGUUUCAUUCGCUUUGGGUACCGAUACCGCGGGCUCAGGCAGAGUACCCGCCAGCUUCAAUGGUAUCGUCGGCUUCAAACCGACCAAGGGGACCCUGAGCGCACAUGGCCUUGUCCCGGCCUGCGCUUCUUUGGAUUGUAUCACAGUACUCAGUAGAACCGUCGAGGAGUCUCGCGAGGUCUGGCUGGUCUUGGACAAAGGCCAAGAUCCAGCCGACCCACACGCCAAAACACAGCAGUCCCUCGCCCUCUGGCACGCCGACUUCCGCGGGGUCAAGACCGGAGGUUUCACGUUCGGCGUUCCCCCUCCAGCUACGCUCGAGAAGUGCACGCAAGUCUACCGCGCACUCUUCGCCGCCGCCGUGGAACGUCUCAAGCGCGCCGGUGGCUCCGCCAAAGAGAUCCCCUGGACACCCUUCGAAAGCGCCACCAAUCUCUUGUACGACGCCUCCCUCGUCCACGAGCGCAUCGCCUGCAUUGGCCACGAAUUCCUCACCGAAAACCUCGACUCCCUCCAUCCGGUCACCAAAACUCUAUACUCGACCGCGCUCAACAGCACCCUCAAGCCCUGGGACGUCUUCAGAGACCUCCAACUCCGGGCGGAAUUCACCCGCGACGCCGCGGCGGUGUUCAGAGACACGAUCGAUGUGCUUCUGGUGCCGACCACGACGUCCCAUCCGACGGUGCAGGAGAUGGAGGCCGAUCCGUUGGCGCUGAAUGCCAAGCUGGGAUACUUUACGCAUUUCGGGAAUGUUCUCGAUCUUUGUGGCGUGGCGUUGCCGGCGGGCGAGUAUGAGAGUGGAGAUGGAGAGGGUGAGCGACUACCAUUCGGCGUGACGAUUCUGGGAGCGGCGGGCAUGGAUGGGAAAGUCUUUGAUAUUGCGAGGGAGUUUGAGCGGACGGCGUGA